CAGGCCGUCGGCAGCACCCGUUGCUGUAAGGGCGCGCCCGCAACAUGAAGUACACGCACGACACAGCGGCAGAUGGUGUAACAGGACGGACUGUGCAACAGCUCAGGAUCAGACCACGCAUCCCUCGGCCCACGUCCAGCCCCCCGCCUCGCAUGAGAUCGCGCUAAUGUGUUUCUCGUCCGCCCGCCUGCGUCCAAUUACCCUGGACGCAUUGUGUCCCCUCACGCUUGCAUCAAUGACUUUAUCCCCCUCAUCUCCCAUCGACAGGCCAACCGCCACUGCAUAGCCCGACCCUCAAUAGGCGCCCGUCCGAUGGCCCCCACUUCCAAUUGUCCCAGGGAGGGGCGUGAUAUCCCUUACGCUUGCUCCAAUGCCUUUCUUCCCCUCAUCCCUCACCUCCCAUCGAUAGGUCAACAGCCCUCGCACAGCCCGACCUUGCACAGACGCCCGUCCGACGACACUAUCAAGCGAUCGCACGAGCUGUGGGACAGCUGUAUCGAUUCCUUCUGUGCUCUUGCAGAUCCAACGAUCGUGCCGUUUGUUCUGGCUGGUAUACUGCAUGUGCAACACAAGUCAUUGCGGGAGCUGUGCGAGCGGGAUUUCUAUCGGUGCGGCGAACAGAUGGCAGUUGCUCGAUGGGGUAGAAAAAGAAGACGUUUCGAGUGACUCGUUCACCAGCCAUGCGACGGAAAUGAAUGUGUGCAGCACUUGUCAGAGUAGCAUAUUUUUAAGAAAUUUGAAACCAGCCGUCCGAAGGCUCAGAUCCGGCCCACGACAGGACCAGAGAACCGCUGCCUCAGUUAUGUAUCGGGUGAAAUCGAUCAUUUGAGAGAGUAGGUGCUUUCGGCAAGUUCGAACUCGAUACACGACUGCCUUUGAGAUGAACUUUCGCGUGAGCACCAGGUCAAGCUCAGCUCCACGGCCGUGCCAGGUGCCACGACUUGACAAGCCGCGCCCGCCGGCCACUUUCCUGGCGAUGGUCAUCAUGGAACGCACUCCAGACCAUGAUCAUCCUCCAUCGAUAGCCAAAGAUAGCGAGCGCCUGGCGGGCCCAAAUCCGGAACGUUUCGACAACACGUGUAGUGAGCGUUCCUAGACAUUCGCAACGAAGACAUGGCCCCACCUGCCUCCCCGAGUACUCCGAGUCAUCCCGAAACUCCUGAUGACUCGGGUGGUCUUUGCGAAAGGCCUGCUAUGUCUACGGUCGGAACCCUGUUCGCCUAUACGUCCGACGGUGGUUAUGAACUGUCGCCAUACUCCAUCGCGUCAUCAAGCUAUCUUUCUCUAGACUUAUCAGAGGAUACUUCGGGUGUCGAAUACUCUCCUUUUGAAUACGGGCUCCUCGAUCCCGCUCGGGAAUCGCCCAGAUCGAUUUGGCUUCAAACCCACUAUGCUUUCCUUCCUGAAGACGAACCGCCCUACGACGCUCAAAGUCCCCCGCCUGCGACUGAACUGUCUCCGAUCAUGCAGGGGCUCUGUCUCAAGGACACGCCAAUCGAGUCAGAUUGUCAAAAUGAUGGUGCUGUAUGCGCGACCUUCGGCAUGUUUGACUCCUUCGGCGUGGCGGAACAUAGUCUGCUGUUCGAAACCCCUCCACCGCUGUCUGGCACCCAGAAGCUGUGUCUUCGCGCGGGAAGCCAACCAGAUCUGUUGCACCCCAACACAGCUUUGGGUACGGAUCGUUCUGGAGACCAUCGUCGCUGGUCGGAUGUAGGCCGGAGGCCCACAUAUGACUAUCGCUUCCUGCAACCUCAAGCAAGUCCUUCCGGCUCUUUCUCCGACUACGCGCUCUCCUCUGGCCUCCCGAGCCCGAGUGCCAGUCCCGUCUUUGGAGCCUCCACCUCGAGCAUUCCGUUGCCGGCUCCUGUGUCCCGAGCAAACACGCUCGCCUCGGAAAAACGUCGCAAGCACGAGCGCAGGUUCCAAUGCUCCAUGUGUACGCUGAGAUUUACCACAAAGAGCGGUGUCCGCAUGGCCGGUCGCCGUGUGAAGGAUGCGGCCACCUCACCGUGACUGAACAUCUGUCUAUGUAAUAACAUUUAUUGCUCACUUGCUACGUCCGAUUCCAGUUGCACAUACGUUAUCUUUCUGUUAUGUUCUCGACCGUCUCUUUUUCUCGCUAUAUUACUGUCCUAGUAGUGUUAUCGAAUAAUUCUCAUGUCGUUGUAUUAGUUAGUCAGCUAGGAUGAGUUCUACCAUCACGUUGGGACUACUUUCGCCAAGUCGACAUUGCUCAUUCUAAAUAUAUUCCACCUUGCUGUUGUACAGGGUUCUCAUGAGCGCUUAUAUUUGAUAGAUCAUCAGCAAAACCGGGACAACCAUGUGUGGGCCGGCGGUACCCACAAGGCGGUGCCUGUAAUAUACAGGCUGACAAAUCCUGACGUGGGUGACGUGGCAUCUGCCUGCCCGUCAUCUGGCAUAUUCGUGCUCUGCAACUCCUCGACGGCCAUGCCCGCGCUCGACUGGGCCUUUCACGUUCGGCAGCAUCAACAACUACCUGGCUUCUUCUCCGUCGACUGCGCACCGGGCUGCUGUUCUCUCUGUCGAAAUGUCACCAAGGCGGCUGUUUUUCGUUGCAUGCUUUCUGUUGCGGCCACCUUUGGAAUGGUAUCACUCAAGACUGUAGUAUCACCAGCGGGUAGGCGUGUACUUUGCGGCGAUCGGCCUCACAUAACCAUACAACUCGGCGUCUUCACCCUCACUUUCCACAUCGCUCUUGUCGCCUGGAGGGUCCUCCUCGCUGUCUGAGUCACGGUCAGGGCUGACAUCAUCCUCUGAGUCGUGGUCUUGCUGAGCUAAGUCUGUCACGGUGCGGCUGGUAUCUGCAGCAUCGCCUCGGCGUCUGGGACUGCCACAUGGUAAUGACCGACACCUCCACCAAGGUAGCGCAUCAUCAUGUCGCGAUCACAGAAGCUGUCUCAGCGGCAGGAUGUGAUAUCGCCAGUCAUUGAACUCGUCAGGUCGGCGUGCCAGGGUUGUAUAUGGUACUCUAUCUGUUGGCCCAUGUGCAAACGCCGGGAUGAGAUGGGAUGCCCGGAUGAUCUCAUCAGGAUCUACAAACCCCCGUUUCCGCUUGAAUCCCCCACGGAAGGCACCGCAGGAGCAAGAUAGCCAUCAAGUCGCCGACGAACUUCGCAGUGGAAGAUCCCAAUGAUACGUGCAUAUUCGAAGGGCAUUCCCUCGUGGAUUCAUCGAAUCUUGACCUCGUCGGACAUCGCUAGUGGUGUAGUUGACUCGCAGUACUUUGUGAAUGUAGAGUCGCUCAUCAGCAAUUAUGAUGUUGUUCCGUUGUUCUGUCGUGAACUCAUCACCGUUGCCAGAGUACAUGGGAUGCUCCAGCCGAGCAAGCAGAUGUUCAUGAAGCUUGGGUCUGAAAUCCUGUCACCGUAACGGUAACAUCUUCAAGGUCGGCACUGUGUUGAUAUAACCACGAGCCAAGAUUAAGAUGGUAGUCCCGCCGAAGAGAGAUAUGAUGGUGAGCUUCUGGAGCGGUGUACGGAAGUGAUUCAGACUCGGCAAAGGCUAGUGUGGGGAGCCGUUGUGGUGGACUAGGUGUUUUGAAAGCUGUUCCAGUGGCUGCUUUCCGUUUCUUUGAGGACACUACUGGCUGCUGCAUUGUCUCUGAGUCCUGGUGUGGCCCUGCUGUCACAGGAGGUAUGACUGGGAGAAGUGAAGCUUGUUGAUGUUGCAUUAUCUUGUCCAGCUCUGUCUCCCGCCUUUCCAGCUGGGUGAUCUGCUUCUCAGCUUCAUUCUUAUUAGUCCGAGCAUAGUAGCUCUUCACACGCUUGUGCUCAAGCUCGCCCUUGCCCACAAUUCAGUCAAAGAGUGGUUCUAGCUGAAUAGAUUGACAUACCGUCUGAGUAGAAUAGGAAUCAACUGUGCCAAAAAAUGAGAUUGUGCGAACAUA